AGCGGCCGUGUCUUCCCCGCCUGCCCGGGGCGGUCUCGGCGGCUCGGGCGGUUCCCGAGCGGAGCCUUCGGGGAGGGCGGUGUGGCGCGACUGCCUGUCGUGGGCACCCGAGGCUCUGUGCCUCUCCGGGGAGAAACUGCCGGGUCCCCGGGACGGCCGCUGGGUUGACAAAAGUGACUUGUGUCUGCGCUGUCUUCGGUGCCAAGUGCUGUUUCUGAGAGCUGCUCCCUGUGGCAGGUUUCUGUGCUGCUCUCCCAGACCCCUGUGUGCAUAAGCAGCCGUGAAAGGACAGAACAGUGUCUGUUCUGAAAGCUUACCCCUUCUUCCUACAAAAUCAUCUGUUCAUCCAAGGCUUUGCCCUCAUCAACCAUGGUCAUGAGACACCAUGCUAAGAUAUAGAAAAGCUGAAGGCUGUCUCUUUCUGGACAGUCCAUUGCCUGUUGGGGCUGUGUCUCUGAAAUGAAUAAGGAUUGUGUGCUAGGCCUUGCAAUGUAAGCACUUUAUGCUGGAAUUUGUUAGUCUGGAGGUCUAUAAUGGUGAGGCUGUGAAGGGGGAUGUGUGUUGAGAUCAAAGGUGUCCACAAAAUGUUUUGACCUAUCGUCCUGAAAGUGAAGAGAAUUUUUUAAAAAACAGUUAAUACUAUGGCCCACACUUGAGAUUCCUUAUCUUUGUUUAGAAGAGUAAGUGAUUCAGUAGGAAAGAAAGUUCCUUUUAUUUCUUCUCAGGGCAAUUUUCAUUAAAUACUUAUUAGCUAUAUGUGACACCUUAAAUUCUAACACACUGCCUGUAAUGUUUUUCUUUUUUUAAGUAAUAAAAGAUUGAAAUGGAGCAGUUACAAGAGGGUUUUGUGUUGCUUGCUGUUUUGGCAAACCUAGGUAACACCACUAUUACUGAAAUACAACAACUACAUGCUUAGCAUAAGCACUGCAUACAACGGUGAAAAUACUGAUGGUUAACAUUCAGCAUGUGUAUGAUGAUUUGUAAAUCUUGGCUUGGUUUGUAAACUUAAUAGGGUUUUUAAUACUAUAUAUACUAGAAUCUAUUGCAUAUACCAGAAUCAUCUUUUCCUUGCCUGUUUAGGAGGAAGGGACAAUAGUUUUGGCUGAUGGCUGUUCCAGGAAAGAUGGCUGCUUUCCGUCUGCCUCCUCUGCCAACUAUUGGAGAGAUUAUUAAACUCUUCCGUCUUCGAGCACAGAAACAACUUUCCCAGAACUUUCUGUUGGAUUUGCGAUUGACAGAUAAGAUAGUGAGACAAGCUGGUGAGCUGAAAAAUGCCCAUGUUUGUGAAGUGGGCCCUGGGCCUGGAGGGAUUACCAGGUCUAUCCUCAGUGCUGAUGUUGCACAACUCCUGUUAGUUGAAAAAGAUGCUCGAUUUAUUCCAGGAUUGCAGAUGCUAUCUGAAGCAGCUCCAGGAAAAAUACACAUUGUUCAUGGAGAUAUUCUUACAUAUAAGAUGGAGAAAGCUUUUCCAAAGCACUUGAAAAAGAACUGGGAGGAUGAGCCACCAAAUAUACAUAUCAUUGGAAAUCUGCCCUUCAGUGUUUCAACUCCUCUAAUCAUCAAAUGGCUUAAAAAUGUUUCCAGUAGGGAUGGACCUUUUAUUUAUGGCAGGACGCAGAUGACGUUGACUUUUCAGAAAGAAGUUGCAGAGAGGCUCACAGCUAAGACAGGAGGUAGGCAACGUAGCAGACUGUCCAUCAUGUCUCAGCACCUCUGCAAUGUUGAAAAUUGUUUUGUAAUUCCAGGUCAAGCUUUUGUUCCACAGCCAGAGGUGGAUGUGGCCGUAGUGCAUUUCACUCCAUUGGUGCAGCCAAAGAUAAAACAGCCCUUUGAGCUAGUAGAAAAAAUUGUUCGAAGUGUUUUUCAGUUUAGAAGAAAAUAUUGCUGCCGUGGGAUUGAGAUAUUGUUUCCUGAAAGUGAACGUUUGAAGAAAACAGAACAGCUGAUGAUGACAGCAGAUGUUGAUCCAACUUUGCGACCUAUUCAGCUCUCCAUGUCACACUUCAGAAAUCUGUGCAAUGCAUAUAGGAAAAUGUGUGAUGAAGAUCCAAGCCUUUUUGCAUACAAUUACAGAGAAGAACUAAGGCAGAAGAAGUAAUUACCUAAAAAUACGGGUCACUCAAAACAGAUUGAAGAAGAGAAUCAGCUGUAACAGCUGUUAUUUCAGCAGACAGAUUUUGGGUGUGUGUUUUUUUGUUUUUUGUUUUUGUUUUUUUUUUUUAAAGUCCUUGAUCUAGAGGUGUUGAUUCAGUAAAAGAAGAUUUAAAUAUAUUCCUACAUCUGUGCAUGUAUAAAAGAAAUACUUUUGAGAAAGUACUGGAGAGAGAGGACUUUCCCAUUUUAUUUAUUUGUUUCAUUCAGCUGUAGAGAAAAAUGAAAGGACACUCCAGUUAAAAGGUGUCUAUAAGUUCUGUUUACUUCAGGGAAUGGAUGGAGUACAUACCAAAAGCAAGGUAUGUUUUGUGAGAUAUGUAAUUAAGUUGAGAUACUUCUGAAAUAAUCAGUUUUGUAUGAAAAGUGCAUUACUGAAUCAGAAGAAAAAACACUUUUUGUACUUCAGCAUGUAAGAUGAUGUUUGGGUUUUUUGUAUUCUUUUCAUCCUGGAACAUCCUAUUGUGCGGAGUAAUUUAAAAAAACAAAAGCCAAAAACCCUUGUAUAAAUAUACUCAAGUGACCGGCUUAAAGGAGGAUAAAGUGCACAGAUUACCUUAAGAUCUGCUAAUACUCUUCUCAUUUAUGCCAAAGCAAAGAACUCAGGGUUUAAAUCUCCAACUAGAGAAAAGCAGCACAAUAAAAAGUAGAAAACAUUGCUAAGUACAACACUUAUUUGUCUUUUACUGUACAGGCUGGUAGAGAAAAUAAAAAAUACAGUCAAAUAAAAGAUUAUAGUCCAA